ACGUCGGGGGGCGAUCUCUGAAUCUGCUGUUACAAAUUUACAUUUUUGAAUUUACUUUUCUGUCUUGUGAAACAAAAAUAAACGUUGUCUCUCUGGGCUCCGUUUGAGAAACUUCUAGGAGGGAUCACAGAGUUUAUUGUAUCGGCUGCUGGGGGAGUAGUUUGUUCUCUUUCAGACGUCCCUCGACUGACGAUAGGCUUCUCGGUGAAUGAGUGGGUGAUUAAAGGGAUUUCCAGGACUCGGUGCACAAUAGACAGAGAGAGAGAGGGAGGAGGAGAGUUCCGUCCCUGGGCAGCUUGUGCUGUGUGUGCGCCUGGUGCUCUGGGGAUGCUUCAUCCUGCGGCCGGUGCGCGUCUCUCUGCAGCCCGGCGCUCCUUUCAUUCGCCUUGCCCGGCCACUUUUUCACGCCAUGAAGCAGCGCGUGUUUGUCAUCGCAACCGGCUCCCUUCCAAAACCCAGGCACUUUCCGGCGAAGACAUUUUUCAGCGUCGUUCAGAUUUUGACCAUUGCAGUUGCAGCCAGCAACACAGGUGUUAGGAACAAAUGCACUGCUGAAAAAACAAACCGGUGCACUGAAUGUCUCCUCCUGGGUCCUGAAUGUGGAUGGUGUUUUCAAAAGGAUUUUUCAGAUGAAUCGCUGCAAAGGUGUGACUUGAUUGUCAAUCUAAUUCAAAAAGGCUGCAAUUCAGAUUUCAUUGAAUUUCUUGAAGUCAAAACAAUCAUGGAAGAAGAAUCACAAAGUUCUCAACUGACCCCUAGUAAAGUCUCUUUACAGCUGCGACCAGGCAGUGAGGCAAACUUUGUAGUGAAAGUUCGGCAACUGAACAACUAUCCGGUGGACCUCUAUCAUUUGGUUGACACAUCAGCAUCAAUGGUGGUUAAUUUGGAAAGUUUACACUCCAUGGGACAUUCCUUAUCACAGAGGAUGGCUAAAUAUUCCAGUGAUUUCCGAUUUGGGUUUGGGUCAUUUGUUGAUAAGCCAGUGUCACCAUUUAUUAACAUUCAACCAGACAAACUUAUUAAUCCAUGCAGUAUUUACGAAACAUCCUGUCUGCCAGCACAUGGGUUCAUGCAUGUGUUAUCUAUGACUGAUAAUGUAACUGAAUUCAGAGAUGCAGUGGAGAAACAAAGAAUUUCUGGAAAUGAGGACACACCCGAGGGAGGGUUGGAUGCGUUGCUCCAAGUUGCAGUUUGUGAGAGUCAAAUAGGAUGGCGUAAAGAAGCAAAACAUUUGUUGCUGCUGAUAACUGAUCAGCUAUCUCACUUGGCGCUUGACAGCAAAUUGGGCGGUAUUGUCCUGCCUAAUGAUGGGAACUGCCACCUAAAGGACAAUAUGUACACUCAUUCAACUAUUAUGGAGCAUCCAUCUGUGGGUCUGCUGGUGGAUAAGCUGCUGGAAAAUAGCAUCCAUGUCAUUUUUGCAGUUCAAGGAUCGUGCAUCAGCUGGUACAAGGAUCUUCUUCCAUUGAUGCCUGGUGCAGUUGCAAGGCAGCUGAAUGCAGAACUAUCCAAUCUUUCUGAACUAGUGGAAGGUGCCUACAAGACACUGCUUUCUGAAGUAGAACUGCAGGUGGACAACAUUAUCAAUGGGAUCUAUGUGAACAUUACUGCAAUCUGUCCUGAUGGAACUGAACAUCCAGGCCAAAAUAAGUGCAAUAAUGUGAAAGCCAGUGACACAGUUUCUUUUAAUAUAACAGUUGGAAUGACAGAUUGUUAUGAGGGAGACAAGUACAUCAUUUUAAAACCUGUUGGAUAUAAUGAAACAACUAUUAUUUCUGUAAGCAGCACUUGUGCUUGUCAGUGCAAAGGGCCUAAAGGUUAUACUGCUGGAAGAUGCUUCAUUGAAGAGCUUGACCCAGAUUGUAGACUUUGCCAGUGCGAAGACAGAGUUACUAAUUCUUCCUGCAAAGAACAAUGUCUCAUUGAAAAUUGUCGGCAGUAUAAAGAACAGCCUGUGUGCAGUAAUCGAGGGAUCUGCAACUGUGGAAAAUGCUUAUGCUACCAAACCAGGCUAGGUAGAGUGUUUGGAAAAUAUUGUGAGCUGGAUGACUUUUCUUGCCCUUAUCACCAAGGCCGUCUAUGUGCUGGCAAUGGCGAAUGUAAAGGAGGGGAAUGCCAAUGCUACGCCGGCUGGGAAGGUGAAAGCUGUAACUGUUCUUCAUCCCUAAUGCCCUGCAGGACAGGGCAGGGUCAGAUCUGCAGUGGAAGAGGGGCAUGUAUCUGUGGUAGAUGUCAUUGCACUGAAUCCAGAGUGUCUGGUCGUUUCUGUGAGGUUUGCCCUACAUGUGAAAAUUCCUGUGAAAACAGCUGGAAGUGCGUGCAGUGUCAUGUGUUAAACUACUGGGCAGUGUCUCCUGCCAAUUGCACCAUCUCAUGUUCUCAAAUGGUGGUGGUGGACCGGCUUUCAGAAUUAGAGGAAGAAAAAGCACAACACUGCGUUUUUCAAGCACAAAAUAAAUGCUUAUAUAAAUUUAAGAUGGUAACAACUGACACUGAAAAAGAAUAUCUUUAUAUAUUGAGAAACCCAGAAUACUACUCCAGCCACAAUAUGCUUGCAAUGUUUCUUGUCUUCUCUGUUGGUACGGUUAUGACUGGAUUAAUCAUUGUGGUGGUAAUCAGGCAAAUAAUGAUGCACUGGAAUUCAAAUGAACCAAGUCAUCCUGGAAGCAAUUGUAAAAUAUCUCCCCCACAAAAGGGAAAAACUUCAUUAUCUAUAGUUAGUUCAAAAACUAUAGCACACAGGCGUGACAAACCGGAGGAGCACCAUGCGUACAUCAACAAAAUGCAAGUAAUUCAGAAGCUUGACCUGUAACAGAAACAUUACAAAAAUAUUACAGGAUUCCAACCUCCUUCAUGGGCUCCAGACCAAAUGGCCAGCUAACAAAAUAGAUAUGGAUGAGGAGGGCAUGUUCAAAAUAUCCAAGUUCACCCAUCCAGAAAAGCUGACAGUGCCAAUUCUUUAUCAUAUUACCCAACUGUUUCUUAAAUGAUUUGAAAGCUUUUGUCUCCAUUUCCUCACCAGGAAAUCCACUCCAUGUGGGUGAAAUUGGUCUUGUGCGGUGACAUAAUGCAGGCAACAGAACUGGAAAAGAAAAUCAGACAGGGUGUAUAUCAGGCUGCUGAUUCACAAGCGCCGAUUUUGUGCUACUGCCUGGGGCCAAUUUCACUCCCAUGUGUUGAUUACUUUUCAUGAAGCAAACUUUAAGACAUCAGUCUUAAGUUAGUUUUUCACUAUUUUGAGCCUCUAUCCACUUGACCUAUUGUCAUGAUUUAACUUCAAGUAGUUUUCAUUUACCCUUUCUACACUAUUUCUUAUUAUGUACAUCUAUGGGGUCUCCUCUCAACCACCUCCUGUCAAAGCUGAAGAGCUCAACUUUCUCCGGUCUGUCUUCAUAAUUCAGUGACACCAGGAAUAUUAUUGAGAAAACUAUUUCCAUAGAGAAACCUGUUUCCUUCUCUGUUUCCCAAUUGAUGGUAUUUAUUUAAUCCUAAAAAGCUUGUGAAAAAUGUUAUCUAACAGGCAGCUAAAUAUAAGGUUUAACAUUUUAAUGCAACUAAGAGUUGCAUUAAAAAAGUCAUCAAGGUCCUACGUAUCGUGUCAAGCACUGGUAUUCUUUUGUUAUGGCAAUAACUGUUUAAAAGCAUUUCUGGCUCCAACUAAUUGAAAUUCAAUGAGAGUUAAGUCAAAAUGACUUCAGAAAUAGUGAACUCUGUAGAGGCAUCCUAGAAUUUUGUGAAUGUUUAGUAUUUUAACAAAACAUUUUGUUUGUUAUAUGCCGUAUUCAUGAGAAUCACCAAUUUUGGAACUGAAGAGAAAGAGGUGAGAUAGACCAGUAAUGAACGACUGCCUGUGCAAUAAUAUUUGUAAACAAACCACUGGAAAUAAGUGCAUUAUUGUUAUGAUUUUUGUUAUCACUACGGGGGAACUAAGUUUAACAAAAUACAAAAUCAUCAACAAUACUGCAUAAGUACUGAAAUCUGUGAAGAUAUUUUUUCCAAGAAAGAGAAUACUGUGAUAGUCCAAUGACUGCUUAACUCUUUCACCUUUAUUUGCUAAUGUUAUUGAGAACAAAUGUCUGACUGGUAAGAUCUAUAUUUACCUUAUGGUUCCUAUUCUCAUAUUUAUUUAUUUUGAAGUUGAUAAAAAGCUGAUAAAUGGAAUUUAGUGUGUACUGAAUAUCUGAAACACAAAUGCUACAAUCCCUAACGAGGACGAACUUCCAGUGAGAGUCUCCCGCUUGCCUGGUGUAACUGUAUUGAAACAGCCACCUAAAUUGCCCGAACAAUGGUGUGGAUGCUGUUUAAAACAUUUUUCGGGGAUUUCCUUGGCUCUUCCACCAAAGUUAAAGCAAACAAGUAGGAAAACCUCCAUGAAAACCCAUCUCUAUAUUUUUAAAUGUGAGCCAGGAUUUUUUAUAAGGAUCAGGAUUUGGAGGCAGGCAGGUGAAUAGUUUGGCGCCGUCAGUCUCCAUGCCAGUUCAUUGCCGCAAUCCCAAUACAGAGCCAUUUUGAAUGAGGGCAGCUUGGGGACGGAUGAGGCUAGAUAGCCAAUUAAGACCAUUUAUUGUAAAUUGUGAAGUCUAUUAAGGCCAUGUCCCCAUGCCAGCUGGAGUUUCCAGUCGAUGAUAUGGGAAGCCUGCAUUGAUCUGGACCAUUUCCAGGCCAACAUGGUGGGAGGGUUGAUCACAAAAGAUCAAGCAAGGAACCCAUAAUGGACAGCAGGUGCUGGAGCCCAUUCCCUGGCCUUUAAUUGGCUGGAGCCAAUUGAAGAUUGCAGUGGCCAUCUAGGGUUGCCAACUACGAUUAAAUAAAUCCCUGGAGGUUUCAUCACAUGGCUUGCUCCCACACUCCAGCCAUUAUUCGGCCAACACAUCCAUCAUUGUGACAUACCGCCUUCCUAUGCCAAUUGGAAAGCAGACAGACUCAUUAUUGAAUUAGAUGAUGCUUGACUGUCAGCCAAACAGCUUUUAUUUCCCACUUUCAAUAUUUUCAUAGCUGGUAAAGAUAACUGUUUAAAGAAAAUGACACAAAAAAUCUUUUUUAACGUCCAGACAACUUUUCUCCAGGAUUGCACACAGCAGUGCCCUGGAGACUGAUCUUCAAUUCCUGGAGACACCAGGCCAAUCCUGGAGACACCAGGCCAAUCCUGGAGGGUUGGCAACCCUAUGACAUGCCUAAAGCAUCCCAUGCAGGGAUAGGGCCCGGAACUAGCCCCACGUUCCUGACCCUGAUUGAAAAUCCAGCCCAUGAUUUCUAUAUCUUUUCAUUUUUAGAAAAAUCUAUGUUGUAAAAUGGACUGUGUAUUUCCAUAGCAACUUUAUGUAUGUUACGCUUAAAAAAUUGGCUGGUGAAAGAGAGGUUGUUCUUUAACCUUAUAAACUGGGAAUUAUAACGUAUAAUAUUAUCGUACCAAGUUAGCCUUUUUGUUUGAAAAAUCCUCUACCUGCUACUUUGAUGCUGGCAUUAAUCUAUUUCUACGAUAACAUAUUAAAGUCUAAUUUCCAGGCUUAUACUUUUGUUAGUGGGAGUCCUUUAAGAGGGUAGCCAAGGAUCUCACCCAUAUAUUGGAACUGCACAAAAUGCAAAGAAUGCAUUGAAACUGCAGUUUCAACUCCAGUUUACCUACUUUAAUAAAAUCACACCCUGCUCCCCCUGAUACUGCCUAUCCUUAUUGUAUUUUUAUAUACAUCCAUUCAUGCUACAUAAGUGCCAGACAAUGACCAUCUCCCCUUGACACUCA